CAUUAUCAAUAAGUUUCAGUUAACGGUCUCCGUAUAGGACUUUAUAGUUUAUUGUUGUAACCAUGAUUUGUUUUAAAUUAAUUCGUUUUACUAAUGUGAUUAAAAAUACAAAUACUUUUAGACUUCACAGAUGCAUUACGUUACGUUAUCCAUCAAGAAUUAACCCUAGUACAUCGGCUUCAUUGGUCAGUAGCAGUAUCACCCGAUAUUAUAGUAGCUUACCAUCCACUCAAGGCGAGAAACAACCAAAAAAUGAAACUAGUGGUAAAAUGCAAAUAACAUUUACUUGCAAGGUGUGCAAUACUAGAAAUAGUCGAAGGUUUUCUAAAGUUUCAUAUGAAAAAGGUAUUGUGAUAGUAGAAUGCGAUGGAUGCAAGAACAACCAUUUGAUUGCUGAUAACUUGGGAUGGUUUCCAGACACAGGAUGCAAAAACAUUGAAGAAAUAUUGGCUGCUAAAGGUGAAAAGGUUAAACGGAUAGAUGGGUGCUGGGAAAUAGCAUCAAAAAUCCCAUUGAAAUAAAAUAUAUAUCAACAUGUUUAAUGAAUUUUAUAUUCAAAUGUAAAAUACCUUAUGUAAAAUCUUA